UCUCUUCUGAUUCCCAUACUGGUACAUCUAUGGAUAUGCCACAAGAUCCUCCCCUCAAUAAUGAGUUGCAAUCAAAUCCACAUGUUGAAAUAUCUACUGUAGCACCGGAGAAUAUCGUGUGGGGGUCAAAAGAUCCAUCAGAUGGACGAAUUUGGAUUAGAUCUGCCCCUGGAAAUAACUUUGAACCAGAAUCUACAGUGAGGGGUGCUAUUACGAAAAUCUUUAAAGAAAAUUUUCAAGGCGCAUGGUCAUGUUGGAGUGCUGUUGAUCCGACCACACAAGAUUUUUGGUUUGCUGACUUUAAGGCCAAAUACAAAUGGCUUGAAAAGGAUGAAGCUAGCAUUAAAAAAAGCUUUAAUAGUAGGGGAACAUUGGCCCUGAAAAAUGCUUUGUUCAAGGUUCGUAGCGGUAAAGAUAAAGGUGAAUGGAUUGAUGAAGACAAGUUAAAAGAAUUAACGGAUCAAUGGAAAGGUGAAAAGUGGCAAAAUAUUUCUAAGAUUAAUACACAAAACAGAAAGUCUCAAGCUGGACAUAAUGUGCACAGUGGAGGAUCCAUUUCUGCUAGAGAACAUGCCAAAAAAAUGAGGAUGGAAUUGAAUAGAGAGCCAACCUGUUUUGAGGUUUAUCAGAGAAUGCAUAAACCAAAGGAAAAAUCAAAUGAGUGGUUUAACAAAGAACAAGCUCUGAUAGCUGAAAGUUACCAAACUAAAUUGUUUGAGAGAAAUUCUCAAAUAGGUGAGGGUAGUAACCAACAAUCUGAUGAUAGUAUAUACAUGGAAGUUGUUGGAGGCAUUAACAAGAAGGGACACAUAUUUGGAUUGGGAUCUCAAGCUGCCACUAUCAAAGAAUCUUUGAAAUUUUCUCCUUCAAUUUCUACUGAUGUGGUACAGUCAGAUAAAGUUGCUGCUAUGGAGGCUAAGAUCGAAGCAUUAACCGUUGAACUUGAGCAAAAGAAUCUUGAACAAGAAACGUUAAAACAAAAGAUGGAGCAUUGGGAGCAGAUUUUGGGAAGGUUUGUGCCUAGUAUUAAUCAAAACUCCCCGGGUCAACUUGGAAGAGAAGGUGAUAAUGAAAAUUAUGAGAUGGAUACUAAUGAAAAUUAUGUGAUGGAUGAUGAAGAUGAUGUGUUGGAUGAUGAAGCUUAGCUUUAGUUACUUUCUUUUAUGUAUUUUUGUUAAAUCAAUUAUAUGAAUUUUUGUGUCUUUGACAAUUUUAGGUUUGAUAUUAUAUUUAGUGCAGUAGUGGUGCACUUGAUACUUUGUAAGAAUGACAUAUAUUUGGUGUCAAUCGAAAUUUGAUUUUCUCA